AUGAAACGUUUUCUAGUUUUUGAUGAUGAUAUUAACCAUAUUAGAGAACGGAUACAAGAUGAUGCAUUUCAGCUGUUUAAAGAUUUUAGGUGUCUCUUUCUAAAUCAGAGGGUCAUCAUGUUUUAUCGUAUGCUUUUUGACGAUGACUCCAUUUUUGUUGAUUCUCAAACCACCUGGAAGGUGAUUGAGGUUGAGCUUGGAUAUGCUUAUGAUGUUUACUACACCAAGGCUCCUUUGUUUUUCACAGCUUGGGGUUUCAUCUUCCGUUUCUUCUCUUUUACUUCUAUCCUUCUUGUGUUUGUGCUUUUCUUUUUAAAAGAAAGGCACAAGCACCCACAAAUGGAUUUGGUUAUUACUUACCUAUUAUUGGUUGGAGCUAUUCUUAUAGAGAUAUAUGGAGUCAUUUUACUGAGUGCCUCCGAUUGGCCUUGGCCUGAUCAUGACGGGUUAGUGAAACACCUUCAGACAUUAUUUGCUCCCAUAAGAAACCGUUGUGCAAAACUGACUAGCAAACAAAGGUGGUCUAAUUCAAUAGCUCAACUUAAUUUGCUUAACUUGUGCCUCAAAGAUAAGUCUGAUCAGGUUGGCCAAGGAACCCCAAAACUUUUUGCCAACUUGAGAGAAUGGGUCUUCAAUCAAAUAUUGCCAAAACUAAAUGGAGAACUAGAGUUACUUCUGUAUAGGACCCAUAAGCAGGUCUCUGCAGACUUGAAAGACAUGGUGUACAGCACGUUCCGGCAAAAAUUUAGUUCAAACAGCGAAGGGUUUUCGGAAGACUACGACAAUUACAUCUCUUAUGGAAGUGUAAAUGUGGAAAUUUACCAAAGGAUUAUCAUCUGGCACAUUGCCACAGAUCUCUGCUUUUACACAGAUAGUGGUGCGUAUGAAUCUACAAAUAAUUUACUGGAAGUGAGCAAGGAUAUAUCAGAUUAUAUGAUGUAUAUUCUUGUGAUGUGUCCUUUUGUAUUAUCAACAGGAAAUGCCAUACUCAGUUUUGAAAACACUAGCUCAUCCGUUGAGGAUUUUUUUCUAGAGAAAAAGCUCCCUAGGUUGCCUAAAGCCAAUUCUUGUGCAAGGUUGAUCUCAGAAUAUGUAGCUUCAAGCAAUGAGGUAGACAUGUAUUUGUUGAAAGACUCUCUGUUACCUUUAGCAGUUUUACUUGCAAACAAAUUAAGUCAAAUGGAUGGAAAGUGGGAGAUAUUGAGUAGGUUUUGGGUGGAGAACCUAGCUUAUGUUGCAACUCUUUGUCAAGGAAAUAAUCAUGCGCAACUACUUAGAAAAGGUGGGGAGUUUCUUACUCAUGUCUGGCUUUUGAUAGAGCAUUUUCACCUCACUAGGAGCUUUCAAAAGUCACGAACAAGGCCACAAGAGGAAUAA